AUGACAUCGGUCAUCAUCUUCGGUCCGACUGGCCAAGUAGGAUCUGCUGCCGCACGAACAGCCGGAGGCCUUGGAGCCAAAAUCUGGCUGGCAAUGCGAGACCCAUCGAAGAGCAUUCCUAGUCUCACUGCAGAAUCUGAAGCCGCUGGCGACUUCCACCGCAUUCAAGCCGACCUGAGGAACCCCCCGACCGUCAGCCAGGCCAUCAAGACCUCUGGAGCCAAGCGCGCAUUUAUCUACUUGAUCCAUCAUGAAUAUGAACACCUCCACGAUGCCAUCGUUGCAAUGAAGAAUGAAGGCGUCGAAUUCGUUGUUUUCCUAAGCAGUUUCACAGUCUACACCAACCAAGCGUUACGCGCCAUCUCUCCAUCCGACCUCCUCCCCUUCGUCCACGCCCAAGUUGAAGCAAGUCUAGAAGAACUCCUCGGUCCGGAGAAUUACGUCGCUGUGCGUCCCGGAUGCUUCGCCACGAACCUGCUAUCAGCAAGAGAUGGCAUAGCGACCAAUCAUGUCAAAUUGUAUGGCGCCGAGUUUGAACAGGACAACAUCGUCCCGAGUGACAUUGGCAGCGUCAUAGGCAACAUUAUCGUUUCUGGUCCAAAAGGUCAAAAAAUCGUCUAUCUUUAUGGCCCAGAGGUACUUUCGAUACGAGACAGCGUUGCAAGGAUCGGCAGCGUUCUCAACAAAGACUUGAAAAUAACGACACUAAGUCCUGAGGAAGGAUAUAAAAAAUAUAUCACUCGCGGUAUGCCUCCAUCUUUUGCAGAUUACAUGGUCAGAACGCUGGGUACCAAGGGUCCGGAUAAGGGGAAUGGUGAGCGGUUUCCUCACUACGAGGAGGGGGUGAAGAAUGUGGCGCUUUAUACGGGCCGGUCGCCGGUAAGGCUUGAGGAGUGGGUGAGGCAGAACAGGGCGGUGUUUGGGGCAUGA